UGCCCCCCGCCCCGCCACUCCCCGGCUCCUCGGGACUCCGCUCGUCCUCCUGGGAUCGUCUCCGCCGAGGGGGCCGCGCUUUGCCGACGCCAUGGAGGUGGUGCUGAUGGUUCUGUGCAGCUUGCUGGCCCCAGUGGUCCUGGUCGGUGCAGCUGAGCAGGAGAAAGAAAAGGACCCAUUUCAUUAUGACUACCAGACCCUGAGAAUCGGGGGAUUGGUGUUUGCUGUGGUCCUCUUCUUGGUGGGGAUCCUCCUUAUCCUAAGUCGAAGAUGCAAGUGCAAUUUCAAUCAGAAGCCCCGCAACGGAGCCCCAGAAAGCAGAGAACUGAGGUGCAGCCCUCAGGUGAGUGGUGGCAGCCCCAAGGGGGAUGUGGAUCCAUUCCACUAUGACUAUGACACCAUCCGCAAGGGGGGUCUGAUCUUCGCAGGCCUGGCCUUCGUCCUGGGGCUUCUCAUCAUCCUCAGCAAAAGUCUGCGCUGUGGGGGCAAGAAGCACCGGCAAGUCGAUGAGGACGAGCUGUGACAACAGAAUCCGCUGUGCCCACACCUGCACCUGGCCGGUUGGCAGAGGGAAGGGAAGCCUUCCCGGGCUGAGGCCUUGGGCCCCAGCACUCCCCGAACCCCAACUGAAGGAAGCCCCAGGUUCCAUGUGACCCCUGGGUGGGCAUGGCCCUCGCUCAUGCUAAU